UGCAACCACACGCAUACCAUAAUGUCAAGAAUGUUAACCCCUAUCCUGAGCCAAACCUCUCGAUCUAUCUUAUCCCAUCGUCUCCUUCCACGUUCCCUCCCACCAUCCUCACUUAAAGCUAAUUUCUCUUCCACCUCAUUCCGUUUACUAGCAACACCUCAAACAGGCCCUCAAACCGUAUCAUCUCAACCUACCCGAACGCCGAACCCUAUGGAGAGUAGCGUAAAGCAAGAAUGGCCUGAUUAUUCUAAAGGUCCUAGUGCUUUAGAUAAAGCUGCUCAAUUAUUUUUCUUCACUGAGAUUUUGAGGGGAAUGUGGAUCGUACUCGAACAAUUCUUUAGACCUCCAUAUACCAUAAUGUAUCCUUUUGAAAAAGGUCCAUUGUCACCUCGUUUCAGAGGUGAACACGCUUUGAGGAGGUAUCCUAAUGGUGAAGAGAGAUGUAUCGCUUGUAAAUUAUGCGAAGCUAUUUGCCCAGCUCAGGCAAUCACCAUAGAAUCUGAAGCUCGAGAAGAUGGGUCUCGUCGUACGACCCGAUAUGAUAUCGAUAUGACUAAAUGUAUUUACUGUGGGUUCUGUCAAGAGGCUUGUCCGGUGGAUGCGAUCGUAGAGACCCAAAACGCAGAAUAUUCUACUGAAACCCGCGAAGAAUUGCUCUACAACAAAGAAAAACUUCUCUCCAACGGUGAUCGUGCAGAAGCUGAGAUCGCUGCCAACCUCCAAGCUGACCACUUUUACCGAUAAUUACCCCACUUCAUCAAUCAUGGCAGUUGGCAGUUAGGAACGACGGGUAGGAAUCAUACCAGACGAAGAUUGAGCAUAGUGGUGAAUGCAUUGAUAUGCCAUGAU